AUGGCCGAUUUUCUCCUACACGAAGGCCCCAUGGGCUAUUCGAUCUUCAAGGUCGUCCACCAGGCUGAUACUGUCGGCAAUCGUCUGAAAGAGGUUCAAGAGAGUGUUCAAGAUCUUGCACGAUUUGGCAAAAUGGUCGACCUCGUCAGCUUCCUGCCAUUUGAGAGUGGAAAACAGGCACUUUCGGAGUUGAACGACAUUUCUGAAGGCAUCGCGUCAGACUUUCUCAAGUCCUUCCUCGAACUCAACCUGCCGAAAUCCGGGAAGAAGAACAAAAUAACUUUGGGCGUCUCAGACAAGAUCCUUGCCGCCAGCAUCAAGACAGCAUUCCCAAGCAUCGAGUGCGAAACGGGAGACACAAGCGAGGUUGUUCAGGACAUGCUCCGGGGAAUUAGGAUGCACUCCGAGAAACUGCUAAAACAACUUCGUGAAGGGGAUACAAACACUGCACAGCUUGGUCUGGGCCAUGCGUACUCGAGAGCCAAAGUCAAGUUCUCCGUGCAGAAAAAUGACAAUCAUAUCAUCCAAGCCAUCGCAAUACUCGACCAGCUAGACAAGGCCAUCAACACCUUCUCUAUGCGCGUCCGCGAAUGGUAUUCCUGGCACUUCCCAGAGCUCAUCAAGAUCGUCUCGGAUAACCACAAGUAUGCCAAGGUAGCGCUGUUCAUCAAGGAUAAAAAGACUCUAUCUGACGGAAGCCUUCAUGACCUUGCCGCCGUAGUGGAUGACGACGAGGAAAUUGCAAAGAGCAUUAUCGAUGCAGCAAAAACAAGUAUGGGUCAAGAAAUUUCGGCUUCAGACAUGGAGAAUGUGACCUUGUUCGCGGAACGAGUGGUCAGCCUCGCCAACUACCGAAAGACGCUACACAGCUACCUUGUCUCUAAGAUGGGCGUGGUUGCCCCAAACCUAGCUGCCCUUAUUGGAGAAAUUGUGGGAGCGCGGUUGAUCUCUCACGCUGGCAGUUUGACCAACUUGUCAAAAUAUCCCGCUUCAACUGUUCAGAUUCUGGGGGCGGAGAAGGCUCUCUUCAGAGCUUUGAAGACCAAAGGAAACACGCCCAAGUAUGGUCUAUUAUACCACUCCUCGUUUAUUGGAAGAGCUGGGCAGAAAAACAAAGGAAGAAUAUCACGGUUUCUCGCAAACAAGUGCUCGAUCGCCUCACGGAUCGACAACUUUUCCGAAACUCCAUCUACAAUCUUUGGGGAAGCACUGAAGAAACAAGUGGAAGAACGACUAGAAUUUUAUUCUUCUGGAGCACAGCCCACCAAGAACGAGGCAGCUAUGAAAGAUGCCAUGGAAAAAGUUCUUGCAGAGAUGGAAGUUGACGAUCCCACAAAAAUGGCUAUUGACGGAGAUGAUCUUGAUGAUGAAUUAGCGUCAGCCCAGAAGUUGGAUAGCGCAAAGAAGGACAGGAAGAAGGAGAAGAAAGAUAAGAAAGACAAAAUGGCAAAACAAGAAGACACCGGCAAGAAGGACAAGAAGGAUAAGAAGCGAAAAGCAACCGAGUUGGAAGGUGAGGGAGGCGACAAGAAAAAGAAGAAAUCAAAAUCCAAGGAAUAG